AUGGUCUCGCCUAUAACGGCGCGAAAGCCGGGUUCGGUCACGGAUUUUCUGCUUGACCCACGGGAGUUGCUGCCACUGUUCCCCAUCCGUGAAAACGGGGAGAACAAAGCUUUCUUCCACCCUUUGUCUGCUCGGUCUAUUUUAGCUUGGCAAACAGAAAUAACCAGUCCAGACAGCCUGAGAAAGAGCUGCCCAAAUUGCAACACAGCUUUGCUGUCCAGCCUCUUACCCAAAUCCUGGAAGGCUCUGAGCCUCUCGCAGAAGCGUCCCUACGUGGAGGAGGCCGAGCGGCUGCGGGUGAAGCACAUGCAAGAUUACCCCAACUACAAAUACCGGCCCCGGCGGAAGAAACAGGUCAAGCGGAUCUGCAAGCGGGUGGACCCGGGUUUUUUGCUGGGCAGCCUGACGCGGGACCAAAACGCAGUGCCGGAGAAGCGGACCUGCGGCCGGGCAGGGGGGGAGAAAGAGGGGUCGGGUGAGUACCCCCCUCGCCCGGGGCUGCCGGCCGUUCGGGGAUACCGGGAGGCUCCGGGCAGCGGCAGCAGCACCAGCGUGGACACCUACCCCUACGGGCUGCCCACCCCGCCGGAGAUGUCUCCGCUGGACGCCAUAGACCCCGAGCAGAGCUUCUUCUCCUCGCCCUGCCCCGACGAGCAUCACCGCUCCCACCUCACCGGAGCCACCUACUCUCCGGAGUACGCGGGCAGCUCCAUCCCGUGCAACCACCACCCUCUCAGCCCCAUGCCGCAGCCGGCCACCUGCAUGAUCCCCCCGGCCUCCGGCUGCCCUCCCCUUCCUCCUCCUCCUCCUCCUCCCAGCUACUACACACCCGCCUUCCCCUCCCUGCACCCCCCUAGCCUCCAUGCCCACCUGGGCCAGCUCUCCCCACCACCCGACCACCACAGCUUUGACACCUUGGACCAGCUGAGCCAAGCCGAGCUCCUGGGGGAGAUGGACCGCAAUGAGUUCGACCAGUAUCUCAACAACCCCGGCCACGGCGACCACCAUGGUGGGGUCUUGGUCAACGGACACGUCUCGACGUCUGGCAGCUCCCACGCCUCCGAGACCAGCCUCAUCUCCGUCCUCGCCGAUGCCACGGCCACCUACUACAAUAACUACAGCGUCUCCUAG